ACUUUGAACUGGAGCCGGGAGAGCAGCGCUGGCCCGAGCUGCUCCAGCAGCCAAGGGCUGAAUCAAAUCCACGGGGUGCGCCGGGCUGGAGGCGUGAAAUUCCAUCGCUUGCCUCGGCUGCGGCGGCUGCAGGAGCUGGGGUUUGCAGGGCCGGGAGCUGCCAGGGCCAUCCCCGGGGAUGAGCGGGGUGCCCUGGGGGUGACGGGUGGCCAGGGGGGAGCCUGAGCCCCGCUCUGCCCCUGCCCGGGCCGGGAGACUUGGAACAGCCCAGCCCGCACCGUGUGUGCGGCAGGGAAAGGGAAGGUGUGUGCACAGGGAGAAGAGUGUGCGGCAGGGAAAGGGAAGGUGUUCCAUAGGGAAAGGUGUGUCCGGCUGGGAAAGGUGUGCUCCACAGGGAGAGGUGUGUUCCAUAGGGAAAGGUGUGUGAGGCGGAGAAAGGAAAGAUGUGUGCAGCAGGGAAAGGUGUGUGAGGAGGGGAAAGGUGAGUGUGACAGGGAAAGGUGUGUGUGACUGGGAAAGGAAAGGUGUGUGCAGCUGGGAAAGGUGUGUUCCACAGGGAGAGGUGUGUGUGACUGGGAAAGGAAAGGUGUGUUUCGUAGGGAAAGGUGUGUUCCACAGGGAAAGGUGUGUUCCAGAGGGAAAGGUGUGUGAGGCGGGGAAAGGAAAGGUGUGUGCGGCAGGGAAAGGUGUGUGCGGCAGGGAAAGGUGUGUGCGGCAGGGAAAGGUGUGUGAGGCGGGGAAAGGUGUGUUCCACAGGGAAAGGGAAGGUGUGCGGCAGGGAAAGGUGUGUGAGGCGGGGAAAGGAAAGGUGUGUUCCAGAGGGAAAGGGAAGGUGUGCGGCAGGGAAAGGUGUGCGCCGCACCCGGAGCUGCCCCCGGCCGCAGCACGCACGGAUGCGGCGGCUCCGGGCGCGUCCCCUCCCCGGCCCUGCCUACAAAAGGAUCGCGGCACCCCCGGCACCGCGCACCGCAGCCGGCCUCGGCCCUGCUCCCAUGCCACAGCCCGCAGCGACGGCAUGAAGAAAUCCUCGUAUUCAGGAAUCACCCGGACCUCCAGCGGGAGACUUGGGCGGCUCAGCGACCAGACCAGCCCCACUCUGAAAAGAUCCUUUGAGGUCGAGGAGGUAGAUCAGUCCUCAAAUUCCUCCACCCCACAGCGCCGGGCCCCGAACACCCUCCUCAGGUCCACCGUGUCCAGCUCCACGCAGAAGUUCCAGGAACUCGGCGCCAGGAACUCGGAGCUGCCCACCAGACAUGCAGAGCCCACAGUGCAGAGAUCCCCCAAGCCCCCCCUGAGGAGGGUGGAGCUCUCCGGACCCAAAGCGCCCGAGCCGGUGUCCAGAAGAACAGAAAUCUCCAUUGACAUCUCCUCCAAGCAGGUGGAGAACUCCGGCCCGGCCCUGGCGCGGUUCGGCCUCAAGCGAGCGGAUGCGGGGCACAAACCGCCCGAGCCGGCGGCCAGGAGGACUGAGAUCACCCUGGGCAAGCCCCAGGAGCCCAGGAGGGCGGAGGUGCCGCCCUCCAAGAUCCCGGAGCCGCCUCAGCGCCGGGCCGAGCCCGCCGAGCCCGCCGGGGCCUCCAGUGGGGUCAGCGCGGCUUCCGCGCCCCGCAGGCCCGACACGGCACCGGCCCCGCGGCCAGCAGAGAGCCCAGAGCCCGCCCUGCCCGCCCUGCCCCUGCAGGCAGAGCCAAAGCCACAGCCCCUGCACCUGGAGAGCACAGCCAAGAGGGACGAGGGUGCAGAGGCCGUGCCCAGCCCCGCUGCCGGCAUGACGGACGCCGCGCGCGAUGCCGGCCCCAAGCAGGCGGCGCCGGCGCGGCCGGACAAGGCGGAUUUCGGCUAUGUGGGCAUCGACGCCAUCCUGGAGCAGCUGAGGAGGAAAGCCAUGAAGCAGGGCUUCGAGUUCAACAUCAUGGUCGUGGGUCAGAGUGGCUUGGGGAAAUCCACGUUAAUCAACACUCUCUUCAAAUCCAAGAUCAGCCGGAAAUCUGUACAGCCAGCUGCUGAGGAGAGGAUCCCCAAGACCAUUGAAAUCAAAUCCAUCACUCAUGAGAUUGAGGAGAAGGGGGUUCGCAUGAAGCUGACGGUCAUCGACACGCCGGGCUUUGGGGACCACAUCAACAACGAGAACUGCUGGCAGCCCAUCAUGAAGUUCAUCAAUGACCAGUACGAGAAGUACCUGCAGGAGGAGAUCAACAUUAACCGCAAGAAGCGGAUCCCCGACACGCGGGUGCACUGCUGUAUUUAUUUCAUCCCCGCCACGGGCCACUCGCUGCGGCCGUUGGACAUCGAGUUCAUGAAGCGCCUGAGCAAGGUGGUGAACAUCGUGCCGGUGAUCGCCAAGGCAGACACGCUCACGCUGGAGGAGAGGGACUACUUCAAACAGAGGAUAAUGGCUGAUCUCCUUGCCAAUGGCAUCGAUGUGUACCCCCAGAAGGAGUUUGAUGAGGACUCUGAGGACCGGCUGGUCAACGAGAAAUUCCGGGAAAUGAUCCCAUUUGCAGUGGUGGGCAGUGACCAGGAGUAUCAGGUGAAUGGAAGAAGAAUCCUUGGGAGGAAGACCAAGUGGGGCACCAUUGAAGUGGAGAACACGACACACUGUGAGUUCGCCUACCUGCGGGACCUGCUCAUCAGGACACACAUGCAGAACAUCAAGGAUAUUACCAGCAACAUCCACUUUGAAGCCUACAGGGUGAAGAGGCUGAACGAGGGCCAGAGCUCUCUGUCCAACGGCGUGGCCGACAGGGAGCUGGUGGCCAACGAGAUGUGACCGUCCCUCGGCGCCAGCACUCGCUCACGCUCGCUCUCUCUCCCUCUUCCCCUUUAUUUUUAUAUCAAUCCUCUGCCAUGUCCCUCCUGCCCUGGUCCCCCAGCCCUGCCAUGUUAACUGACCAAAUAACCAGUCGUGGGGCGGGGUGGCCGCUCUCCCCCCUCUGUGCCAUGAGUUUGUGCUCAGCCCCCAGAGCAGCGUCCCUGUCCCCCUGUGGAGGUCGGGCUCUCAUUGCCCCCAGCUCUGGCCCCACAGCUGAGCCCAGGGGAGCAGAUCUGUGGGGCCAGCAGGGCUGGGGUGCCCUGGAGCCCUCCCAGCCCUCCAUGCAGGGGCUCUUCUCCGUCCGUGAGGUUCCUGCAGCUGAGCGAGGUCCGGCGGGAUGAAGAGAGCAGCCAGUGCCAUCCUUGUGUCCUGCUGCCUCCUGCCAGCCCUCUGCACCUCUGGGACCUGCCAGCCCCCAGCCCAGCCCCCAGCCCAGCCCCUCACCCUGUCUACAUGCAAUAAACUGGGAGUGUUUGGGUGUCACCUCGCCUGUCACCGACCCCCGGCCAGGCAGAGCCACCUGCUUUGGGAGAAGUGCCUUUUCAGACUGUGACCUUGCAGUAGUGUGGGACAGGGGAGGGGGGUCUGCCUCGGCUGUGUGCAGCCUGCAGGAGGCUGUGAGCCUCUCUGGGGACUCUGGCUCCCUCUCCCUUGGGCCCUGUGGCUGAUGUCCUGGGGACACUUGUGUAUUUAUUUGUCACUCAGCUGGGUGGGUCUCUGUCUGCUGCAGGCUCACAGUGUGUUUGUCCUGAGGGGGCUGAGCGUGGAACUGUCUCUGCAAAGCAGUGGUGGGAGGCAGAGGGUUGUGCUGUCUGACCCUUGUGAUUCUUGGGCUUUUCCCUACAUCAGAGGAGGCUCUUGGGUGUCUGUUAAUUCCUUCUCAUUUCCUGUGUGCUGUGUGUCCAGGGAAGAUGCUCCUGUUUUGCUGGUCCUUGUGCAGGGUUCUGUGCAUGUGCUGACCCAGCCCUGCAGCUCUGGGGGGGGUGUGUGGGUGCUGCUCCCCCUGCUCUGCCCCCAGACCCUCCUCUUUCUGUGUGUCCCCAGUAAAUCAGACCCUGCAAGCAUUAGGUAGCACUGUGACACAGGAGCAGGGGGUCCUGGGGCAGAGCUCUGCACUCCUGCCCCUCUCCCAGCUCCUUUUGCCUGUCUGAUGUCCACCAGUCUCUCAAUCCUCUCUAAGGGAAAAAACUUCCUGCAAAUCACCCGUUUUUGGGGGCACCCACUGAAGUGGCAGCGUGUCCCAUCCCCUAGCACUGGAAGGCACCUGCAGAGCCUGGGGGACAGAGCCUGGCUCAGCACAGGUGACAGGAGGGAGGAGGGAUUGCUGUCCCCUGGUGGGGAUGCCCAGGUUUUCAGGGGCUCCCCACAUGUCCCCCCCAGCAGCCAAAGGGGUGUGGGCAGGGGGUGCAUUGUGAGAAUCCCUCUCCCCUUCACUCAUACUCCCCCUCCACAUCAGCCCCACGGAGCUGUUGGGGAACAGCAACUCUCUAUUUGCUGACUUGCUAUAUUUUAGCAAAAACAUCAACAAAAAAUGUAUUAACUGAAAAAAAAAAAUAUAUAUUUCAAGUGUUAAAAAAAAGACUGUAAGGGGAGAAAAAUCUCUUGUGUGAGGCACUUCUGCAAAUGCCAUCUUAAACUUUUUUUUUCUCUAGUUGGUAUCUCAAGCAAGACACGCCGCUUUCUCCUUUGUAAUCUGAUUUUUUUUUUUUAAGGAAAAAAAAAAAGAAAAUAAUACAAUAAAAAAACCUUUCAUCCAGAUCUAUUAAAAUGGCCUUUUGGGGGUUAUAAGCAUUAUGAAAAUUUAGUCCAUUUUUGUAUAAAUAAUAGUGUUUAAUAUGUAUUUCCCAAAAUAAAUGUUUCGAAUGCAAAUAGAA